CCUGGGUUCCUGAGAGUGGAGGACACCUGUGCAACUGUGAAGCCUCCCAUCAGUUUCUGGCAAUUUCCUCAUCAAAAGUGGACAAGUGCAGUCAGAAUUCUCUGCCUUGUGAGCUGAGCUACAGUUGCCCAGAAAGAAGAGCUGAAGUCAUCAUGCUACAGCGGCUGUUGAUCACCCUGCCAGCAGAGGCCAGCACUUGGGUGAAGUUGCACCAUCCAGAGAAAGCCAAGGAGGGGGCACCCCUGUGGGAGCACGUGACCAAGAUGUUUGAAGGAGAAGCUCUGCUAUCUCAGGAUGCUGAUGAGACGGGGGGAGAAAGUUUUGAGGAUAAAGUGACCUCUGGAUCCCUGACAACAGAAUCUCAGGAACUGUUAACCUUCAAGGACAUAUCUGUGGACUUCACCCAGGAGGAGUGGGGGCAGCUGGCCCCUGCUCACCGGAAUCUGUACCGGGAGGUGAUGCUGGAGAACUAUGGGAACCUGGUCUCAGUGGGAUAUCAGCUUUCCAAACCUGGUGUGAUUUCCCAGUUGGAGAAAGGAGAAGAACCAUGGCUGAUGGAGAAAGAGGUUUCAGGAGGUCCAAGUCCAGACUUGGAGGAUGAAACAGAAACCAAAGAGUCAAUCUUAAAGAAUGACAUUUCAUGGGAAGAAUUACACCAUGGUCUGGUGAUGGAGAAGUCCAUGAGAGGAAACACCUUGAUUUCCACGUUGGGAAGGGUCUCCAAAUGUCACAAGUUAGAAAACCACCAGGACAACCAAAGAGUGGGUAAGGAGCAAAUCCCCUUGAUCCACAAGAAAACACUCACACAGGAGAGAGGCCAAGAAUCUAACAGAUUUGUGAAAACUAUUAAUGUGAGCUCAAAAGUUAUUCCAGGACCAAUAGAUCCUCCAAGAAAAAGACACCAUAAAUAUGACAUAUCUGGAAAGAAAAGUAGAUACAAUUUAGAUUUGAUUCAUCACUCAAGGAAUUAUACAAGAAUGAAAACCUUUGAAUGUAAUAUUUGUGAAAAAAUCUUCAAACAGCUCAUUCAUCUUACAGAACACAUGAGAAUUCAUACUGGAGAGAAACCUUUCAGAUGUAAAGAAUGUGGAAAAGCCUUUAGCCAAAGUUCAUCCCUUAUUCCACAUCAGAGAAUCCAUACUGGUGAGAAACCCUAUGAGUGUAAGGAAUGCGGGAAAACCUUCAGACAUCCAUCGUCUCUUACUCAACAUGUUAGAAUUCAUACUGGGGAGAAGCCCUAUGAAUGUGGUGUUUGUGAGAAAGCAUUCAGCCAGAGCAUUGGGCUGAUCCAGCAUCUGAGAACUCAUGUCAGAGAGAAACCUUUUACAUGCAAAGACUGUGGAAAAGCAUUUUUCCAGGUUAGACACCUCAGGCAACAUGAGAUUAUUCAUUCUGGUGUGAAACCCUAUAUUUGUAAUGUAUGCAGUAAAACCUUCAGCCACAGCACAUACCUAACUCAACACCAGAGAACUCAUACUGGGGAAAGACCAUAUAAAUGUAAGGAAUGUGGGAAAGCCUUUAGCCAGAGAAUACAUCUUUCUAUCCAUCAGAGAGUCCAUACUGGAGUGAAACCUUAUGAAUGCGGUCAUUGUGGGAAAGCCUUUAGGCAUGAUUCAUCCUUUGCUAAACAUCAAAGGAUUCAUACUGGAGAAAAACCGUAUGAUUGUAAUGAAUGUGGAAAAGCCUUCAGCUGUAGUUCAUCACUUAUUCGACAUUGCAAAACACAUUUAAGAAACACCUUUAACAAUGAUACGUGAAAUAUGUUCAACAUCAAAGAAUACCCAAAUUGGAUCAAAAACCUCUAAAUCCGUGGUUUUCUGACUUCUGGAUUUCAAGAACCAAUAAUUUUUUUAAUGGUUUGACCCAAUGUUACAACUAUUAAUUUUGCCACAUUACAACAAAUACUACCUAUUAUCAGCAUUGUUUCAGAAAAGAAAGGGCAUUUUAAUAUUUAAAAAUAUAGGAAGGAUAUAUUCAUAGAGAACAACUCUUUACAUUGAAUUAAAUCAGCUUUAUGGAAAUCUCCUAAAUUUGUCUUUAUUUUUCUCAUUUCACUGUGGGCCAGUGAAACCAUCACAACAGGCCAGUGAUCUGUGAUUGACUUUGAGAGUCACUGUUUUAAAUAUCCCUUUAAUGAAUCAGAAUACCAUAUAACCUUUUGCUAUAGCCCUUUAUAUGGCUAGAAGAGGUAUAGAAAGAUACCAGUUGUCUCAUUUCUAGAAGAAAUAAUGUCAAAGGGAAUUUUCCAGACUUGAUAGAUAACCCACUAUACAUAUUUAUAUUUUAUGGUUUUCUAUAGAGAGGAAUUGGCAAACUUUUUCUGUAAAGGGCCAGAUAGUAAAUAUGUUAGGUGUUGCAGGCUAUAUGGCCUCUGUCAGAACUACUCAACUCUACCAUUUUAGCGCAGAAGCAUUCAGAGACAAUAUAUAAAUCAGGGUAUCUCAACCUUGGGACUGCUGAUAUUUUGGAGCCAGAUUCUUUGUCAUGGGCAGCCAUCCUGUGCGUUGUAGGGUGUUUAGCAGCAUCUCCAGCCACUAGAUGCUGGUAGUCCCCUCACCUGUUGUGACAACCAAAA